AUGGCUUUAAAUGUGAACUUCAUCUUCGCCCAACUGAUGGCCAUUGCGCUCUCAUUUGUGCUAAGGACGCGGCUACCGCCCCUCCCUGGCGGCGACGGAUAUACCAAACAACAGCAGGAGCACAGACAGCAGCAACGACAUCAGUUUGCUCUCAUUUCCGGACUACUUCUCACCUACUUCUGUUUUGGCAAACAAACGCUGCUGGCGCUGGUGCUGGCGGGUGUCUGCUACAUGUUGCUGUGGACCAUCCCUGCGGUGUCGGUGCACCGCGUUACUCUCGUCGCCUGCAUGAGCUUCUUGUCAGCAGCGCACGUGUACAGGCAGUCGCUGCAGCAGGCCGCCUUCGUCAUUGAUAUCACAGGCCCGCUGAUGCUGAUGGUGCAGAGAAUAUCGACGGUAGCGUUAGGUCUCCACGACGGCCUCACGAAAACGCCGGAGAAAAUGACGUCCCUACAACGCUACAAUUCCAUCACGAAAAAACCGAGUGCACUCGAGUAUUUCAGUUACUUGCUGAGCUUCCAGUCAAUCUUGGCGGGUCCCUUCCUGAUGUACUGCGACUACAGGGAUCACAUCAACGGCAACGACGAGUUCUCCAGGGCGGUGCUGCAGUACAAAUCCGUAAAACAAGCUCAGCUACGCGAGACCGACAGAGCUCCUGAAGGCUCCUCUAACCCGCCCCUGGUGCCUCUGAAGCCCGUCAGCGUUGCUUUCAGGAAACUCGCCUUGGGGGCCUUGUUUGGAAUUUCGACGGUCUGCAUUGCCUCUCGCUUCCCUGUCAGCCUCCUCACUGGUUUGUAUUUUGCCCCACGGCUGUGA